GUUGCAACGUUCCGAAGAUACUUCUGAUGUUUUCUUCCCCGCCAGUCUUCGCGUCGCGGUGGGGGGCUCAGGUGGGUGCCCAAGCCGGGCGGAGGGGAGAGGCUCUGCUGGCCCGCCGAGGGCUUCUCCGAGCGGACCUGCCAGCCCCGGAGAAAAAGCGAUCGUGAGAACUGCGCGGGUUUCGAAGAAACGGCCGCGAUCCCUUUCCCCAAGACGCGGAUCGAAGCGACCAGCCGGUGGGGCUGGGAGAGGAACGAGAAAAGUCGCGAGAAGGUGACUGUUUGAGAUGGUGGACCACCUGGUGAAUACAGAGAUUAACAGCCAGCGUAUCGCUGCCGUAGAGCACUGUUUUGGGGCAUCGGGACAGCCGCUAGCUGUGCCAGGAAGAGUCCUGUUGGGCGAGGGCAUUUUGACCAAAGAAUGCCGCAAGAAAGCCAAGCCGCGGAUCUUCUUCCUUUUCAACGACCUUCUUGUGUACGGAACCAUCGUGAUCAACAAAAGGAAGUACAGCUCCCAACACAUCAUUCCUCUGAACGAAGUCACCUUGGAAACCUUACCGGAUACUUUGCAGAUGAAGAACCGCUGGAUGAUUAAAACCUCCAAGAAGUCCUUUGUCGUCUCUGCACAGCCCCCGACAGAACAUGCUGCCCCCUGGAUCCCUGACAAGGCCACGGAUAUCUGCAUGCGUUGCACGCAAACCAAAUUCUCCACGCUCACACGCAGGCACCACUGUCGAAAAUGUGGCUUCGUGGUGUGCGGAGAGUGCUCCCGACAGAAGUUCCUCAUGCCCCGGCUUUCUCCCAAGCCUUUGAGGGUUUGUAACCUUUGCUAUAAACAGCUCAUGGCUGAGAAAAAGAAUACUGAAGAGCACCGCAGCCAGGCAAGGCCGUCCGACUCCCCUCUGGUUGGCUACGACCCAUCAAGCGGAGAUGACAGCGAUAGAUCCGACGAGGAUAAACUGGAACAGUGGCCGGCUGAUACUGAGUUUUACACAUCGGAAGUGCCGUGGUCAUCUUUCCAUAGGUGACCUCUUUGCAGCCUAGUUAAUUGUAGGAUCCCUGUUGUUACUUCUGAGCAGUACAGGGGACAGGCAGUAGCUUUAGGGCCCUUUUCAGAGUGUUUGUUGAUUGAGUUCCUCAAUUCCGUGUGUUUCCCUAUUCUGUGAAUAAGGAAGAAGGUAUGAUCAUGUCAAAUUGGGGGCGGGGGCGUUGUCUCUUUUAAGAGUGCACCAUUUUCAUUUAAGUUAGAGGUGGAGCUUAACUGGAUGCUUAUAACAAACCCAGGCAUGACAGGUUUCCCAGAAAGGCUGGUCCGCAAAGUUCAAUGUUGAGACUUAGCCUGGUUCACAACUCAUGAAAUGGCUGAUGCUGUGCGCGGGAAUGGGGAUGGAAAGGCAGGGAAGAACAUCCCUUCGGAACACCCAUUGUGGUAUAUGCUAGAGAAGUCUGCUUUCCUUAGAACCGGAGGAUGAAUUCCAGGUCCAACAGUCACUAUGGAAUCUACAUGAAGGUCCAAGAAUCUGAGGCAACGGCCCAUUUUGUGGACAAUAGUACAUGUGCUUGAUCGUCAUUUUUCCUCAUAAUCAGACCUUUUGUGUUGGGUUUGGCCUUCCACACAAGAGCCUUAUUUUGAUUAUGAUGCUGCAAGGAAGAGACUGUAUGAGGAUGAAGUUGCAUUGAGCUAGGCCCAUUUCAGACAUCCGCAAGAGUCUGUUUGUGUAAUGCACAAGUUAAUGGGAAGGCCUGCAUACCCCUCCCCUUGUGUGAUGGACUGAGACCUAAGUUUUCAGCCAACUCCAGUUCGCAUUG